GAUUCCCAUGCUUUCCCAUGAAUUCACCUAAAGUAUCUGAAACAUUGAAAGUCGUGCAAUGCUGACUCAGACCCAAUAGACCCUCCGGCAAAGAUGCUUGAAAAGCAUCCCAGCAAACCUCAUCUCACUGGCCUGGAGGAAUAUCAGCAGUUGUACAAAGAAUCUAUCACCGAGCCUGAGAAGUUUUGGGCUAGAAACGCCAGGGAACUAUUAACGUGGACUCGGGAUUUUGAAACUACCCGUACCGGGUCCCUAGCCAAUGGCGAUGUCGCUUGGUUCCUUGAGGGCCAGCUCAAUGCUUCCUACAACCUCGUUGACCGACAUGCUUUCAAAGACCCCAACAAGGUCGCAAUCAUCUACGAGGCCGAUGAGCCAAAUGAGGGUCGCAACUUAACCUAUGGCGAGCUCCUUCGGGAAGUCAGCAGGGUUGCACAUGUCCUCAAGAAGAUGGGUGUCCGAAAGGGUGAUACCGUCGCUAUCUACUUGCCAAUGAUUCCCGAGGCCGUCAUUGCAUUCCUUGCAAUUUCUCGGAUUGGAGCUGUCCAUUCCGUCGUCUUUGCUGGCUUCUCGGCUGAUUCCUUACGUGACCGUGUUAUCGAUGCGCAGUCCAGAGUAGUUAUUACGACGGAUGAGGGAAAGCGUGGAGGGAAGUUGAUAGGUACCAAGAAGAUCGUCGAUGAUGCGCUUAAACAGUGCCCCGACGUGAAUGGCGUACUCGUCUUCAAGCGCACCGGUGCUGAUGUUCCUUGGACGCCUGGCCGUGAUCUCUGGUGGCACGAGGAAGUCGAGAAAUGGCCCACAUACAUCGCUCCGGAGCCCAUGAACUCUGAGGAUCCCUUGUUCUUACUAUACACAUCUGGUUCAACCGGAAAACCAAAGGGUGUCAUGCAUACCACUGCCGGAUAUCUGCUCGGUGCUGCGAUGACUGGCAAGUACGUAUUUGACAUACACGACGGGGACCGGUAUUUCUGUGGUGGAGAUGUCGGCUGGAUUACCGGUCAUACAUACGUCGUUUAUGCACCCCUUUUGCUAGGAGUCUCUACGGUAGUUUUCGAGGGUACUCCGGCUUACCCGAAUUUCUCACGCUACUGGGACAUCAUCGCGAAGCACGAAAUCACACAGUUCUAUGUAGCACCGACGGCGUUGAGACUGUUGAAGCGUGCUGGCGAUGAUUUUGUCAAGGCACAGAUGCCGAAAUUGAGAGUCCUAGGAUCCGUGGGUGAACCUAUUGCGGCCGAGGUUUGGAAGUGGUACUUUGAAGUAGUUGGAAAAGAGGAGGCUCAAAUCGUUGAUACCUAUUGGCAAACUGAGACAGGCUCCAACGUGAUCACCCCCCUCGCUGGAGUGACACCGACCAAGCCAGGCAGUGCUUCUUUACCUUUCUUCGGGAUAGAGCCUGCUAUUAUUGAUCCCAUUUCCGGGGAAGAGAUUUACGGCAACGAUGUCGAAGGUGUGCUAGCCUUCAAGCAGCCGUGGCCAAGCAUGGCCCGUACCGUGUGGGGUGCACACAAGAGAUAUUUGGACACAUAUCUGAAUGUCUAUAAGGGUUACUAUUUCACGGGUGAUGGAGCCGGCCGUGACCACGAAGGCUUCUAUUGGAUUCGGGGACGAGUGGAUGACGUAGUUAACGUCAGUGGCCACCGUUUGUCAACUGCUGAGAUUGAGGCUGCUCUGAUCGAGCACCACUCGGUUGCUGAAGCUGCCGUAGUUGGUGUUGCUGACGAGUUGACUGGACAAACUGUCAACGCAUUCGUAGCUAUCAAGAACGGCAAUGACGCCUCAGAUGCUUUGAGAAAGGAGUUCAUUCUGCAAGUGCGAAAGAGCAUCGGACCCUUUGCUGCCCCCAAGGCGGUCUAUAUCGUGCCGGACUUACCAAAGACGCGAAGCGGCAAGAUCAUGCGCCGUAUCUUAAGAAAGAUCUUGGCUGGGGAAGAAGACCAGCUUGGCGACGUGACUACACUUUCCGACCCUUCUAUAGUAGACAAAAUCAUCGCUAUAGUCCACGAAAGCCGCAAGAAGUAAUUGUUUGAUUUGGUAGACGGGCUUGACUUGUUAUUGAAAUUCUGAUACCAUUCUGUCUUGGAAUUAAGGGGUUGAGCUGUGUAUGAUCUGGACGUGUUGGACCCGUAUUGUGGCGACUGGGUUUACUCUUUUGAUGCGUCGUGAUCUCGGCACAACUAUAAAUUCGAGAACUAGGUAUAUGUCAGCCGUCCAGACCAUGUGUUUAUAAAU